GCGUGCCAACCACGGAGAACUUAUUAUGUAAGAUGUUCCCAGUCUCAUCUCUGCCUGCGAGUGUGAGGCAUGAGGUCGCUUUAAGAGACAUCUCAGCUCCUACCAGUGGUCCUGGCAGGACACCUCCUACCUCCUCCUCCUCCUCGACCACAAACUCUCAGCUUUGCCUCACUUGAUGCACAGCGGCGCGAAGAAGUCCUAGAAGAAAUAAGACUCGGAAAGCAGUUGGCACCUACCAACGGAGGUCUUCUUCAUCUGUCCGGAGCUGAGAAAGUCCGCCCAAGUGCGAGCAGACGCACAGCUGCAGAGGGACAGUUGAUCCAGGACAGAGCUACAAAGACCGAGGGCCACAAAGGAAGACUGCUUUAAAGACUGCCUGAGCUUAAGGAUUAGGGAAAACUCUUAUUUAAAAUUCAAAUAUUAUUCAUAAAAUAAUUACAGCAGGUGCUGCAAUACAAUCUGGUUCGAUUAGUCCUCCGUGUUCGAAGCGAGCCUGGGAAAACCAUCGUCAUGGAGCUGCAGCACAGCACCAAUCACAACCAAGCCUCGUGGAAAGAGAUACCGUGGAACUCGACCGAGGACUGCUCGCUGUCGGUGAGUGGCACCACGUUACUCAUCAUUGCUUACAGUACAGUCAUGGCAGUGGGGCUCAUUGGAAACUCCUGCCUGGUGUUUGUCAUCACACGGCACAAAGAGAUGCACAACGUGACCAACAUCUUUAUUGUCAAUCUGUCCUGCUCAGACAUUCUCACGUGCAUUAUAUGCCUGCCGGUCACUAUUAUCUACACACUGAUGGACCACUGGAUCUUAGGAGAGACCCUCUGCAAGCUCACACCUUUCAUCCAGUGUAUAUCAGUCACCGUCUCCAUCUUCUCCCUCGUUCUGAUCGCCAUGGAGCGCUACCAGCUUAUCGUCCACCCAACAGGAUGGAAACCCAUGGUAGCCCAGUCCUACCUGGCUGUGGCUAUCACCUGGAUUGUGGCCUGCAUGAUCUCAGUGCCUUUGCUUUCCUACAACGUACUCACUUUGCCUUUUCAGAACUUCAGCACUCCACUCCCAAUAAAUGACAACUUUAUUUGCAUGGAGCAGUGGCCGUCAGUUAAGGAACGGCGAGCUUACUUCACCUCCCUGCUCGUCUUUCAGUACUUCCUCCCUCUUGUCCUCAUCAUGGUCUGCUACCUGCACGUCUACCUUCGCCUGCGGAGGAGGAAGGACAUGGUGGACCGCGGCAGGAACACCGCUCAGAAAAAGAACAAGGGCUCCAUGAGGAUCAAUGCCAUGUUAGUCGCCAUAGUCGUGGCCUUCGCCCUCUCCUGGCUUCCCCUCAACGUCUUCAACACGGUGUUUGACUGGCACCACGAGCUCAUCCCGUCUUGCAGCCAUGACAUCAUCUUCUCGCUGUGCCACCUCACUGCCAUGAUCUCCACCUGCGUCAACCCGAUCAUCUACGGUUUCCUCAACAGCAAUUUCCAGAAACAGCUCAAGUCCACGCUGCUGCGCUGCCGCUGCUGGGGCGUGGUGGAGAGGUACGAGAGCGUGCCGCUCUCCACCGUCAGCACAGAGGUCACCAAGGGGUCGAUUUUGAGCAAUGGCUCUGUCAGCAACAAUACGUAAAUCCAUGCCUUUUUUUUUUCUUUUUUCUUUUUUUUUUUUUUUUAACUGAAAGACAAAGAAAGCAGCUGGUGCUCUUCAGCCUUCAUUGUGUCACUCUGCGGAGAUUUUCUUUCUUUCUUGGUUUGACAUUUGCAAAAGGUAGAAACCUCAGGACGGCAGUCCAGAAGGAGCAGGCUGAAGAGCCCUAAGCAGGAUGGCAGGUUGCCCUCCAAUCAGUAUGAGUCCACAUGUAAGAGGAAAGAGAUAAUGCAGUGAUGGUGCAAAGGUUGGACGGGUUUACAGGACACUUACAGUACGUAUAGUCUUUUCCCCCACGUGCUGUCGCAUAUAAAAAUGAGGAGAUGCCUUUUUACUCUGUUACACCAUGUUUUCUCUCUGCAAUGAUCUGCUUGGAAAUCAUGUUUAAAUGCAUAUUAGCUGUCUGGCUUUAACACGUCCACCUGCUCUAAAUGUGGCGAACCCCAAGAGAGUGCUGGAAGGACAACAAAAGGCGGGUGGGUCGUGGAGCAGCAAAUGUUGUUUUCAGUUUUGCGGGGUUUUUUGUGUUUUUUUUCUGGUGUUAAUAGUGAUGACGAAAACAUCAAGGGGUUGUGAACCGCAACGUGUAAAUGAUUAUCAACAGAGUAGCUUGGAAUACAACCGAAGGAGGGAACAUUUGUGCAUUAGACGUAGCUCUAGGCGGAGGACUUACUGGCAUCAUUUUAAUGCAUUUCUUAUUACCUAAACCCGCCACCGUCGUCGCUUUAAUGGUCUUUUGCAGAGAACCUUGGCAAAAGCUGCAUGCAUUUCAUGCUGUUUGACACGUCCAUGCUCCCGUGUGUAUAUAUACAGAUGUUUAGGGGCGUAGGGGGGUCAUAAAAUGUGCCACACGGCCACCAUUUCUCAAUCGCAAUAAAACAAAAUAGAAGUGGCAGUAAAGGACAAGAGCGGGCUCCUUCCGUUGCAUAUAAGAUAAAGCACAGUUAUAGCGUGUGGUGUGCAAUAAAAAGCACUGUGUAGCAUAGCACGAUAGAAAGUAUCUCUAGGAAACGUGUUGUUGUAAUAUUUGGUUCAUGUUUAGCUCUUGUACUGACUUUUUUUUUCUCUUUUCUUUGUUUCUGCCUUGCUUUACAUGCUGGUUUGAAGCUGUCACCUUGCAGGUCAAGUUACCCAGGAAAGUAAAUGCUACCCUCUGACCAGAAUGCUGGUCAGUUAGCACUGGUUUGAUAUGAUAUCUUUUUUUGUGUUACAUAGUGUACAUAGGGGGGGAAAAAACCCUCCAAACCCUUCAACUUCUAAAUAUUAAAUAUUUCAAACUCUUUGUUUCUUUCUGAGGUCAAA